AUGAAUGUUGUGAAUUUUUUGAAAGCCAAUUCGUUGGAUCUCCUAAAGUCCGAAUAUUCGUUACGAGUGAAAGAAUAUCCAGAGCAAAACUACAAAGUGAUUUCAAGAGCAUAUGACCGAUUCUUCAAUUACAACGAAUGCGAUGGAGCAUUGCACAAUAAUGAUGAAUGUUAUGCAAUCGAAAAAAUUGAUGGCAGUUUGAUCAAGAUUUAUCAUUUAAAUGGUGCUUGGCAUGUUUCAACGCGCGGAACUGCAUUUGCUGAAUGUACAGUCACCGAUACAAAAACCACAUACAAACAAGCUGUCUUUGAAGCACUGUCGCUCAUAAAUGCCGGUGACGUCAUCAAUGUGAAAGCUGAGCACAAAUUUCAACAAUUCUGCCGAAAUUGUGACAUGAAUAUCGGCCAUACGUACAUUUUGGAAUUGACUGGCAAACGCAAUCGCAUCGUUACCGAAUACAAUCCGCAUAAGUACGAACUGUGGUUCUUGGGCAUUCGACGAAACGAUUUAGCUGGUAAAUUUAUCGAUGCGGAUACGAUGAGACAGCUUGCAUUUCUACGGCCGAAACAUUUCAAAUUCACAAACAUCAAAGAAUGCGUUGAACGGGCAAAAAAUCCACGAAAUUUGCAAGAAGGCUUUGUGGUCUACAAUCAAACGACUGCCGAACCAGUUUUUAAAGUUAAAUCACCGACCUAUGUCAUUGCUCAUAAUUCUGCCAAUAACAUCAACGACCGCGAUAUUUGCAAAAUGAUUACCAACGGCGAAUUGACCGAAUUUUUGGCAUACUUUCCUCAGCAUAAACCAAAAUUUGACGAAUAUACGGUGGCCAUGGAUAAAUAUUUCGCCACAGCACAAACCGAAUAUGAAGAAUUAUGCAAAAUUAUGAAAUCCGACAAGGACUUUGACGUUUUCACAACGAAAAAAUGGACGAGAUUGGCGGUGUUAACCUUUAAGAAUAAAGAUAAUAACAAUUUGUAUGCAACUUUUUUGAAUUGGCCUGAAGAUUCACAAUGCAAAUUUUGA